AUGGAAGGGACUAAACUAGAGGGUGCAGGAUCGUUGGCGGUACUGAAACUGUCGAUGGUGACACCAGAUGACUCGGGUGAAUACACUGUGGUUGCUGAGAACGCAUUUGGCAAGGUUGAAAGCGCGGCUCGCAUUGAGGUAUACCCUCUUAGCGCGCCAGAGGAUCGAGCCAAAGAGCAGCAACUUAGACAGCAGCAACAGUAUCUCCAACAGCAACUUCGAUACGAAAAGGCGCUUGAACGGGAACAAAUCGAAAGAAAAGCUCGAGAAGAGGAGAAUCUUCUGAUACGAGAAGAGCAGGAGAGGCUCAGACGACUCUUCGAACGAGAGCGCGCCGAGAGGGAACGUCUCGAGCAGAUUCGUCGUCGAGAAGCCGAAGAACGUGAACGUCUUCUGCGACAACAUCGACUCGACGAACAGGAUCGUUUAAGGCGAAUCGAAGAAGAGAAACGUCUUCGACAAUUGCAGUGGAGUCAGCCGUACCAACUGCAAUAUCCGCCCCAGCAGCAACAACAACAGCAGCAGUACUGGAAUCAAGAUCCAUAUUCACGUAACGCUCAACAGUACGUUCCAUCUUCUACACAAGAAGUCUUAUACGAUCAGCAAACCUUCGUUCAACAACAUCCGCCACAACCUGCACCCAGGCAUUUUCAAGAGUAUCAUCGAUCUGUCCCAUCAGAUAAUCAAUUCCGUCAAUUCACUCAAUAUCAGAAACACAUCGAAAGCCAACGAAUCCAAAAUAUGCCUGCUUUGAAGCCAACACCGGGUACACAGACAUCUUCGGGUCCAAUGGCAAAUGGAGAAUCAGCAGUCAGUGCCACACGUACCAAAGUGAUUCCAGGACAUUCACAUGAGCAUGGCGCAUCUCUAGUACCAACCACUGGAGUACCACCACCAACCUUGGAAUGGUGCCUUGUUGAUGGUACCCCCAUAAAAGAUGGUGGUAAAUUCAAAAUCGAACAUGGUAGCGCCGGCGACAGUAAACUCAUCAUCGAGAAGGUCGACGCUAACGAUGCAAACACGUACGCGGCCAUUGCACGAAACAGCGGUGGAACGUUCCAGAGCCGAUUCAUGCUCAACGUACUACAAGCCAGACCUCCAGAUGCACCGGAAUUCACCGGAAAGUUCCAAUCGACGACGAUCUACGAGGGCGAUUCGGGUCGAGUGGUCGUGCAAAGUCGCCAGAAACUUGGCCCAGCACAUCGUGAGCAAGUCACCCUCAGAAAAGUCGACCGUCGUAUGGCUAGAACUCCUGUACCUGUGAAUGAAAUGCAAGACAGAGCGGCCUCAAAAUCAGCGCCAGUAUUCUCCAGCAAACCGCAGACAUUGAACCUAAUUGAAGGUCAGACAGCUCGUCUCGAGUUCAAAUACUCUCCAGCUGACGACCCGAACAUAAAGAUAGUAUGGCUGCUGAAUGGUAAGCCACUUACACUCUCAUCUCGCGUUACAACCAUCAACGAGAAAGGACUCUCCAUUCUUGAAAUUAACCCGGUUACGGUGUUCGAUCAGGGAGAGUACACAGUGGUCUUGGUGAAUCCUCUGGGAGAAGCUCGCAAUUCUGUGGUCCUGAAUGUAAUGGGUAACAAACCGCAGACAUUGAAUCUGAUCGAAGGUCAGACAGCUCGUCUCGAGUUCAAAUACUCUCCGGCUGACGACCCAAACAUGAAGAUAGUAUGGCUCCUGAAUGGUAAGCCAAUCACACUCUCAUCUCGCGUCACAACCAUCAACGAGAAAGGACUCUCCAUUCUUGAAAUCAACCCAGUUACGGUGUUUGAUCAGGGAGAGUACACAGUGGUCUUGGUGAAUCCUCUGGGAGAGGCUCGCAAUUCAGUGGUCCUGAAUGUGAUGGAUCUCCCCAACUUCCAUUCUGAUUUGCGAUCUCAUGAACUGUUCGAAGGACAGCCAAUUCACCUCGAAGCCAAACUCACCCCACUAAAUGACCCAAAUCUGGUCGUUGUUUGGUACCUGAACGGACGAGAGCUCAUGAAAAAUGACAGAUGCCAUCAGACCCUGAAUCACGGUUUCGCCACUCUGGACAUUCUGAACUCGACGAAGGAUGACAGCGGUGUGUUCACCUGCAGAGCCAUCAACAAACUCGGCGAGUCUGAGAACCAGGCCACCGUAAUUGUACAUCCUCGUGUCGAUCUCCACAAGUAUGAACACAAUCGCGAUCUUGACGUUGACGACGUACGAGAAAUUCAGUACAGCCACGCUAAACAGGACAUGGUUCCCAAGUUCCUCACACAGCUGCAACCAUUCCACUGUGACCAAGAAUUAGGCCGAUCGUUCUUCGAGGCUCGCAUCAGCCCAGUUAACGACCCCUCGUUGAGGGUCAGCUGGCUCAAGGACGGCCAUGCACUGCCAAAUGCCAACAGAAUUCAGACGUUCAAUAACUUCGGUGUGGUUUCAUUGUCUCUCAAUCCGACAUAUCCCGAUGAUGCCGGCACGUACACCUGCGUGCUUUUCAACGCCAAUGGACAGGCACAAAGCUCCGCUGAACUGACCACUAUUCCCAUGCCGACUCUCCAGUUGGACACCAAGCAUCAGGACAGCUUGCAGAUAAUCGGAUAUCUGGACAGCCAUCAAGAAGUGGACCGACCAGAAGAGUUCCAAUCACUGGAUAAGCCUAAAUUUGUCAGACCUCUGGCAGCUCGCAUCGAGUGCAUGGAAAACGAUCCCGUGCACUUCGAGGCUCGCCUACAACCGGCUAACGACGUCAAAAUGACCGUAGAAUGGUACCACAACGGCGCACCGCUACCGGCGGCCCAUCGAUUCCGCCCGAUGUUCGACUUUGGCUAUGUCGCUCUCGACAUUCUUUACGCCUAUCCUGAAGACAGUGGCACCUACACCCUGGUGGCACGCAACGAACUCGGAGAAGCACAAUGCAAUUUGGAGUUGGUCGUUGGUAGUGCCAAGACCCUCUACCUUGAUCCUCAUCAUCCCGAAGGACUGCAACGCAUUCAGGAAUUGGAGCAGGAUCGCCACAUGGGCCUACCAGAAGUCGAGGACCGAACUUGUGACGCUGCGCCACAGAUCAUCGGCAAUCUCAAUGAUCUUGAGCUUAAUGAGCAUGACGACAUUCACGUCGACGUCAAGGGAGCAAUCGCUGAAGAUUCGGGAGAUUACUCUCUACGUGUCUCGAACGCCCUCGGCGAAGCCAUCCGCCAGUGCAAGAUCAACGUUAUACCCUCCAAAGAAGUCCUUCUGGAUACUCAUCAUGAAGAAUCACUUGAUAAGAUCAACUAUUUGGAGAAUCUUGACAAAUAUGGCCGACGUGAAAUCGAGGAACAUGGCCCAGAUAUGGCCCCGGUGUUGAGGAAGGCGAACCGAUCCAUCUGGAAUGCCAGGUCAAGCCGAAUCAAUGACAAUACCCUCAAGGUCACCUGGCUCCGCAAUGGAGCGCCAAUUCCUCAUGGCCAUCGCUUCCGCACAUUCUACGACUUUGGCUUUGUUUCAUUGGACAUUCUCGGUGUCUACCCACAGGACAGCGGCGAAUACACUUGCAAAGCAGAAAACGCUCUUGGAUCAGUCGAAACUAAGACGAAAAUCGAUUGCAAACCCAAAGACGCCAUUCUUGGACAAGUACAGCACCCGAAGAGCUACCAACGUAUUCAAGAAAUCGAAGCACCAAAGCCAAAACCGCAAAUAAUAGAGCUCCAGAAAGCGCACAAGCGUCAGUGUUUAUUCUCAAGCCUUCCAUCCGUGCCGACCUUUGUCAAGCAACUGGGUCCGGCUAUUCAAUGCAGCGAGGGAGACAACAUCUAUCUGGAAGCUCAAGUUGCACCGGCCGACGACAAUACUCUUACGUACGAAUGGCUAGUAAAUGGACGUCCAUUGAUGAAAGCACAUCGUUUCGUGCUCUCACAAGAUUUCGGCUACAUCGCUCUGAACAUCCUCUACUGUUAUCCAGAAGACAGCGGCACCUACACUCUGGUCGUCAGAAAUGCCGCAGGAGAAGCGCAGUCCACGGUCGAUAUUGACUGCCGAAUCGAUGCAGCUAAUUAUCGCGACUCGUUCCACCCGACUUCACUACAGCGUAUCAAAGAACUCGAGACACCACUUCAACGAGUUGAACCAGCUCCAGAGAAACCGAAAGAAGUGCCACAAAUCCUCAGGGGACUUCCACCCAAAUUCGAUAUCGUGCAUGAAUCACAGACAUUGCACCUUGAGGUACAGGUCACACCAGUUGAUGAUAACACGCUGAAGUACCAAUGGUUGUUCAACGGCCAGCCACUGAAGGCCAGCAGCAGAUACCGUUUGUUGAACGACUUUGGCUACAUCACCCUCGAUAUCGACUACGUAAUCGCUGAAGACGCUGGAAAAUAUACAUUGGUCAUCGAGAAUGAAGCAGGUAAUGAUCAGCUCUCUGCUCCCGAGGAAGGGCUCAUUUGGGUGAUUCCGGAUGUAGGAAGAGCCGAAACCUCGUGUGAAUUCGAUGUGGAACGCCUCAAGUCAAUUCUCGCCGACACAGCCCAUCCAGAAUCGCUGCGAAGAAUCCAGGAGAUCGAACAGCUCCAGCCGGCUAAACCCAGCGAACCUGAACUGCCACCACAGCCGCCGGUGUUCACUCAAAAGCUCACUGGGCCAGACGAGAUCCUCAAAGAAGGCCAGAGUGUGCAUAUGGAUUGUGUUGUACAGCCGAUCAACGAUCCUUCGUUGAAGAUCGAAUGGUUCUGCGAUGGCCGACCACUGAUGUUCGGCUCACGCAUCCGUACCAUCCACGAUUUUGGCUAUGUUGGCUUGGAAUUCCUUCACGUCCAUCCAGAAGACACUGGCACCUACGUGUGCCGAGCCACGAACAACGUUGGUCAAGCCGAGACGAGCCUCAAGCUCGAAUGCAAACCAAGACGCAACAUCUACCUGGACACUCAGCACGAAUCUUCAUGGGUGAAGAUCCAAGAAAUGGAGAAUCGACAGGAGAUUCGUCCACCAUCGCCCGAAAUGUCGUUCCCGCCACCGACGUUUACCGAACAGCUCCAGGUUGGCCUUGAAAGCAAGCCAGAUCCUUCUAGCGUAAUCCCUCCUAAGUCCACAGUGGCCUUUCACUAA